GCAUGUCACAGCUGCAUUUUGGAGCUCUAGAGCUCUCACAGAGCCAGGAUUUUGAGAGUGACUUCAUGCCCGAUGAAGGAGAUGCUAGGCAUCAGUUUCACCCUGGAGCUGCUGUCCCUUCUUCCAGACUUGUGAAGAAUGAUACUAAGGAUGAACUGCGUGGAGACAGCACGGAGACUGUCUCCGGCACAGAAGCACAUACUGCUUUGGAAGGCGAGCCAGAGAAGUCUGAAAGAACUCUGCAGGAAGCAGAAGAGCAUACCAGGAAACAAAUGCCUGUCUGUGAUCCCACUAAAACUGAGAAAUCCCUUGAAUCUGCUCACGAGGAGUUGGAUCUCUUGUCAACUCAGGAAGAGAUGUUUCCUGAGAAUAAUGCAACAGGGAGUGGCUGUCCACUAACCAGGAUGGAAGAGGGAAGUUCUCUGGCAUGCACCCCUGCCCGCAGUCUGCAACUCCUGCAGCUCUCUGGACAGGGAUCCCUUGUGCAGGAGAGUCACUCCGUUGACUCUUCAGGCCUGGUUAUUCCUCCUCCUGUUGCCUUUGGAUCCAGUGCUCUUGUCCCCAGCAGUCCUACUGAACAGGAGCAAGCAAAAGAUGAACAGAUGGAUGUAUCUGUCCCUGCAGAAGGAAGAGAGCUGGUGCAGAAACAGAGAGGAGAUAUGCUAGUGGAGAUGGCCAUCCCGUGUAUCCCACCAGGACCGCUUGUCCUGCCACAGGCUUCAACUCCAGUGUCCCAGAGUGCCCCAACCUUAUUUCCUGGAUCUUUGCCUAUACCAUCACAACCAGGAUUCUCUCAUGAUAUAUUUGUUCCAACUCAGAGCCCAGAGAAAGAGCACGAAGGAGAAGAAAAAGCUGCUACUUUAGCCCAUUUAUGCUUACCAGGAGAUCUCUCUGGAUCCACAGAUGCUUUGUCAAAGAUGUCUACAGGUGACUCUGUGUCAGAACCUUCUGAGUCCUGUAAGCUGAUGCUUUCUGCAAGUGAAUGUAGCCAGCCCACAACUACAGAGGUCAGUUCAGGCUCUCUGAACAUGGGCCAAGAUAGCGAAACCACACAAGUAGAGGUGAUUUCUGAAUGCAAGGCCUCAGACUUGAGACUCUCUUCUGUGGAGAAUGACAACGUAAAACUGAGGCUGGAUGCAGGUGAUCAAACGUGCUCUGAAAACUGUGAAAAGGCAAAAAAGGAGGAUUUACAGAUUGCAGGAAAGCCUGUAAUGCAGUUAGUUAGUGCAGAUGUAGCAGGAGAUGGGUCGUUAGCCCCUACAGCUCAUCAGGAGAUGGAGUGUACUUCUGGAAGUCAGGCUGCUGCAGGUCAGUCUGGUCUGCCAGAAGUUUUGUCAUACACUCAGGGUAGAGAAGCACAGGCUGAGGAUUAUCCAUUGGAAGAGACUUCUGAACCUGAGGCAGUUCCUGAGACACAAUGUGAAGAACAAGCAGAAAAACUGCAAGCAAAAGGGAAGCAAAUAAAUGAAGAUGGAUCCCUUAUUAAUAUAGCUCUUUCCCAGAGGUUUAUUCUUGAAAGGGAAGUGCAGUGUCAUGAAGAUAUGGAAGUGGAAUUUGCUGAUGAUUCUUGUAAAAAUAGUAAAAAUUUGUCUGAUCAGACCCAAGAACUGGAAAAGAUUGGACCAGAAAGCUGGGGAAAAGAAACUUCGAAAGAUUGUACUUCUGACACUGGAGAGGCAAAGAGCGUGGAUAAACUGUCCUUUAAGGCUGCUUCGGAAAACAUGCCGAAGCUUAAUAGAGUUUUAUCUAAGCCUUCUGUAGGGGAGUUACUGGAACAGCACAAAAAUUUGUCUCCUGAGUUAAAGAGUGACAUUCCAUCGGAAGUGGUGUUGUGUUCCAAAAAACAUCCAGGUUGUUCGGAAUCAGGACAGAUGAUGAUAAUACAGAAUCUGCCACCGCUUCAAGAGAGAGGGGUUGGCAUGCUGGUGACUCAGCAUGACAAUCAGGUGCCAAAGAAUAUGGAGGAUACUGUUAUGAGAAGGAAUCUGGAGCAAGAAGACCAGAUGCAGCCACAGGAGAAGGCAGCUGCUAAAUCCCCCAGUCCUUCCAGUGGAACCCCAUUUCAUUUUACUUUGCCAAAGGAGGGUGACGUCAUUCAGCCCUUGACCAGCAUAACACCACCUCUUAUCAGCCAGCUUAAAAUGGGACCCAGAAGACACAGCACACCAAUUGAGCCUACAGCUAGUGACAAGAAAGAUGGAUCCUCUGCUGCUGCCAGCUCCCAGAAAGCAUCAUCUGUGUUUAGUCGUGUCUGUGAAGUUCGUCGAGAGGAUGAGGCCAGAGGUCAUGGUCUUUCCACUUCUCCGUUUAGGGGGAAUCUGUUUGGUUUUCCUGGCACACAAGAAGAUGCUGAAUUACAUAAAAAUCCGAGUGGCUUGCAGUAUGAGCAACACAAUGCAGAUGACAGUGUUGGACAGGUCCUAAUUCCUCAGAGGAUGCAGCAGGAUUGCCAUCAACAACCUUCUGGUGCAGAGGAUGGGGAGUCUGUGGAGACUGGUGGUGUAAGCACUCACACAGAAGAAGGGAGGAGAACGCAGAAGAAACCAAGUAGGGCUGUUAAAAGAGAUGAAAGCCGAGAGAGUUGCACCAACACCAGGAAUAAAGGGACUCAAACUGCAACAGACUGUCUUUUUACCCCGACAACUGUUACAACAGCGACACAAACAUCAGAAGAAAUCUGUGGGCAGGUGGAAGUGGGAACCAGUAUGUUUGGGCAAAGACCUGGGCGACAAGAUGCGACUGUCCAAACUGAAGAGAGUGGGGAAAAGCUUGCGAAUGCCUCUGGAGAGGAUGUGGACUCUCUGCACAGUCAGGGAGAGGAGGAGUUUAACCUUCUUCACCCACCCAAAGGCCGAGUUCAGCGUCGCCACAUGCGAACUAUUCGAGAAGUGCGCACUGUUGUUACGCGUGUUACAACAGAUGUUUACUACAUAAACGGUGCAGAGGUGGAACGAAAGGUGGUUGAGGAAACUGAGGAGCCUGUAGUGGAGUGCCAGGAGUGUGAGACUGAUGCAUCCUCCUCUAGGACUGCAGUGGGAUCAUCACUGACCUCAGGGGACCUGGGUGAUGUCAGCUCCUUCUCAUCUAAGGCCUCAAGCCUCCACCGUACAUCCAGUGGAGCAAGCAGUGGUCACUCUGCCACACACAGCAGCAGCAGCUCAGGGCGAGGAACUGGAGCUGUCAAAGGGAAAGUGUGUGGGACAGAAACUGGAGAGUUUGCUUUACCCAUUGGCAGAGGCAUCUUAGGAAAAUUAAGCCCUAGGAAAGGAGCUGGUCAGCCAGCAUCUCCGCUCAGAGUUAGCCAGACAGGAGCACUGCCUUGUGAGGAAGAGGACGAAUCUAUGCCUAGCACUCGUCAGGGUGGCAGAGCACCUGUGUCACCUCGUGGGCGAGGAAGAAGAGGCCGCCCACCAUCUCGAACAACAGGAACAAGAGAUUUAGCCGGACUGCCAGGUGUGGAGGAUCUCUCAGCUACAGCAUCACCUGAGGAGAAAUCAUUUACUCGUUCAGUUCGCCUGCUAGAUGGAGGGGAGAAAUCUGACACUUCUGGCUAUGGUGCCUUACGUCGAAGUGACUCUCCAGAAAUCCCAUUACAAGUGGUGACUGGUCCUUUGGACUGUGCAGACUCAUCCUCUGGGAGCAGCUUUGUGGGCCUCAGGGUUGUAGCGAAGUGGUCCUCAAAUGGGUAUUUCUAUUCUGGGAUGAUUACCCAAGAUGUUGGGGCAGGAAAGUACAAGCUGCUGUUUGACGAUGGAUAUGAAUGUGAUGUGCUAGGAAAAGAUAUUUUACUCUGUGAUCCUAUCCCCUUGGAGACUGAGGUGACCGCACUCUCAGAGGAUGAGUACUUUAGUGCAGGUGUGGUGAAGGGACACCGGAAGGAGUCUGGAGAGCUAUACUAUUGCAUUGAAAAGGAAGGGCAGAGGAAGUGGUACAAACGAAUGGCUGUUAUCCUGUCUCUGGAACAAGGAAAUAAGCUCCGGGAGCAGUUUGGGCUAGGUCCUUACGAACCUGUCACCCCCCUGACCAAAGCAGCUGACAUCAGUCUUGAUAAUCUUGUGGAGGGGAAGCGGAAGCGACGUAGUAAUCUUGGUUCUCCCAGCACUUCCAGCAGCAGCACAACUCCCACUCGUAAAGGGCAGGACAGUCCACGCAUCCCACCAGGUACACUAUCUGGCAAAAGGAAACUCGUGGCUUCUGAAGAUGAGAGAUCCCCAGCUAAACGUGGCCGCAAGUCAGCAAUGAUAAAGCCUGGGGCUGUGAGAGCCGGAGAAUUUGUAAGCACCUGUGAAGGUGUAGAUGCUGUAGAUCCCCCAGUACUGGAGGACCAUCAUGGACCCUUGCCCCACAAUAAGACCCUUUUUUUGGGCUAUGCCUUUCUCCUCACCAUGGCAACACCCAGUGACAAAUUGGUCAAUCACCAGAAGCCAUCAGAUGGUCCCACGGGGAGCAGCGAGGAGGAAGAAGAAUUUUUAGAGAUAACUCCAUACGACAAACAUUACAUUGCACAACAGUUGCGAGCAGGAGCUGGCUAUAUCCUGGAAGACUUCAAUGAAACCCAGUGUAAUGCAGCAUAUCAGUGUCUUUUAAUUGCGGACCAGCAUUGUCGAACUCGGAAAUACUUGCUGUGCCUUGCCAGAGGGAUCCCUUGUGUGUCUCAUAUCUGGGUCCAUGAUAGCUGUCACGCUAACCAGCUUCAAAAUUAUCGGAAUUACCUUUUGCCAGCUGGUUAUAGCCUCCAGGAGCAAAAAUUGCUAGAAUGGCAUCCACGAGAAAACCCAUUCCAUAACCUGAAGGUUCUCCUGGUAUCAGACCAGCAGCAGAACUUCCUGGAUUUGUGGUCUGAAAUCCUCAUGACAGGGGGAGCAGCAUCUGUUAAACAGCAUUACUCAAAUGCUCACAACAAAGAUAUUGCUUUGGGUGUUUAUGAUGUGGUGGUGACUGAUUUUUCCUGCCCAGCUGGUGUCUUGAAGUGUGCAGAAGCUUUACGGCUGCCUGUUGUCUCGCAAGAGUGGGUGAUCCAGAGCCUUAUUGCUGGGGAGAGAGUAGGCUACAACAAGCAUCCAAAAUAUAAACAUGACUAUGUCCCCCACUGAACUAAAACUUUGCCCUGCUGUCCCACUGUUGUGCAGACUGUGUUUUAAUCAGGUUUUAAAUGUUUGUGUAAUUGGGCAGUGUGCAUGGAUUACUGUAUAUAGUUUUAUCUGCUGGACUUUUAUGAUGAAAUAAAUGUUCAAUCUCUUGUGGU